CCGCGUUAAUGCUUUUUUUAUCCUUCGCAACUUAAUCUUUGAGCAAGUAGAUGAUUGUACGCGCUAAAUAUAUCAGUGAAAAAUUAAGUUAUUAAAUUUCUAAAAACUAUUUUAAAUCGCCAUGGCCUCUCAACUCACGAGUGGAUGUUUGAUGGGUAUAAUGACCGGAGCCGUCAUUGAGAAUCCUAUUAUGCAAAUUCUUGGAAGUAAGAAAGUGAUGGGAAAUGGAAACACAGAAAGAUAUCGACUUUUAAUCUCUGAUGGCCGAUACUUUCAUAGUUUUGCUAUGCUGGCUACUCAGCUCAAUGGUAUGCUUGUCGCUGGAGAACUGUCAGAUAAUACUGUGGUUUGCGUUGAUCGCUACAUUACUUCAGUUCUAAACAAUACAGGCAAAGGUGAUAGACGAGUAUUAAUCAUAUUGGGCUUGACUGUUGUCAGGCCUGGAGAAGAAGUUGGUGAAAAACUUGGAAGCCCUGUAGCUUUACCUGAGAAUCCCGAGGGCAUGGCUGGUCAAAACUCUAGCUCGGGAGUAUCAGGAACUGUUACAAGUGCUCCACCUCCAAGUAGUGGAAACUCGUAUAACAAAAAACCAACUUAUGAAAGUUCUGUGACCUUAGUUGGACAACAGCUCACUCAUCCAAUUGUAUCUUUGAGUCCUUACCAAAAUAAGUGGGUAAUCAAAGCAAGAGUAAUGAAUAAGUCUGCUAUAAGAACUUGGAGUAACAGUAAAGGCGAAGGAAAGUUAUUUAGUAUGGAUUUAUUUGAUGAAAGUGGAGAAAUCAGGGCAACUGCUUUUAAAGAGCAAUGUGAUAAGUUUUAUGAUAUGAUUCAGGUGGACAAGGUGUAUUAUAUAUCAAAAUGCCAAUUGAAACCAGCGAAUAAACAAUUUUCUACCCUCAAAAAUGAUUAUGAAAUGACGUUUACAAAUGAUACUCAAGUCGCUGAGUGUAUGGAUGCUGAUAUUGGAGUGCCAGAAGUCAGUUACGAAUUUGUUAAGAUUAAAGAUAUUGGUGAAAAGGAAACAAACAGUUUUGUAGAUGUAAUUGGAAUUUGCAAGGAUUGCACUAAUGUUGUUCAGUUGACUUCUAAGGCUGGCAGAGAGUUGCGCAAAAGAGAAUUAACAUUGGUAGACAAUAGCGGAGCUUGCAUUAACUUGACUCUGUGGGGCGAUGAGGCAGAAAACUUCGAUGGUUCGUUACAGCCCGUAAUUCUUGUAAAAGGAGCUCGCCUUAAUGAGUUUGGCGGUGGAAAAUCAUUAGGAACAGUAUCUGGAACAUGCUUGAAAAUAAAUCCUGACAUUCCUGAGGCCCAUAAACUUCGAGGCUGGUUUGAUAACGGUGGUGCAAAUGCCGAUUCUACAAGUCUAUCGGCAAUGUCUGGCCUCGGUUCCAACGCAUCAGCACCUUUAAUGACGCUGAAAGAAGCAAAGAUUCGUCAAUUAGGAAGUGGAGAAAAACCUGAUUAUUUUUCUGCAAAGGUAUCAAUAAAUUUGAUAAGAAAUUCCAACUCAUUCUAUCGUGCCUGUCCUCAACCUGAUUGCAACAAAAAAGUUAUUGAUCAACAAAAUGGACAAUUCCGGUGUGAGAAAUGUGCUCAGGACUUCUCUAGAUUCAAAUAUAGGCUUAUGCUUAAUGUGAAUAUUGGUGACUGGUCAGGCAGUAGGUGGGUCACAUGUUUUAACGAUACAGCUGAAACUUUACUUGGAAAGUCUGCACAAGAAGUUGGUGAACUAAUUGAUAAUGAAAAUGAUACAUCAGCUUCGGAAGCUUUCUUUUCAAAACUUGCAUUUACUACACAUGUUAUGAAACUAAGGAACAAAAUGGAAUUUUAUGGAGAUACUUACAAGAUUAAAUCAACUGUUGUGUCAAUUGGACCUGUAAAUUAUAAGGAAUAUAAUGCAUCACUCAUCAAAUCAUUAGAAACGCUAACUGGAAUUUAUCAAUAAAUUUCAGUAUUUUUGAGCUUACCUGUGUUUUAAAAUUAAGUGCCACUCUUUAAAAUUAUUUAACUGUAUUAUAUAUGAAUUACUUAGGUACACUAAUACUUCUAAAAUAUUAUC